AUGUAUUACGCCCCUCUCCAUGCCAGGAGUGGAAGCGGCGGCGGCAGCAAACUACCCACGUCUACCAUAGUUAUCAUCGUGGUCGUAUGCGUGGCGGUUCUCGCACUGGUUCUGGUGAUGUUCCUUUGGCGCAUCCUAUUCCGCGCGUGCCGGCGAGAUAAACCUACUCCACUUCCACCCGUGCAGCCGCUUGCGCAUCAUCGCGAACAACAGCUGGCAGCUUUCGCCGGCUGGAAUAACAGCAGACCGACGACUUUUUUCGAGUACGACAACCUGCAUGCUGGCAUGUCCUCUAGGCAUCUAUUGCAUACAGGUAGCGCUACCUCCUUACUCCCGGGUUCCGUCGCACUCAGCAGCAAUUCAAGCUUCACAGAAGACGCAGGCUUUGGUCUCUCUUCACCCGAGCCCACCGAUCAUUUACCUUGCCCGAAUCCUUCUUCCGGUGUUGAUGAUAAUCAGGACAGUAAUCUGGGAGGUUCAUUCAGCUCCUCUCGCUUCGUAGAAGCUAUUCCCCCUUCGCCUAGCAUCGUCUUCUCCGAGACGUCAUCCUCGAUAUCCCAUUCGACUUCGACGAGUACACAUCUUCUCGCUCCACGUUCCGGAAGUGUACCAUCACCCUCGCGCCUGGGGCGCUCUAGUUCCAGUCCCCGUUCGCUGUCUCGCCGCGUGUCAGUCGCUUCCUCCCUCGCGACGAGUCAUACGACGCACAGCCGGGUCAGCACGAUCCAUGGAGCUCCCCAUAGCAUUCAUAGUAACAUUCACAUCAUUAUGCCCGCUCCUCUCGCGCCGCGAUCUUAUCCUUACGCGAGUAGCCAUAAUAGCCAUGCUCUAAACAUGGCACAUGGAGAUCAAAGCGAAAGGCGGAGUGUUUUCGUAGACCAAUGGAUACCUAUCGGGACUCGGUCGAGCAGCGUGGGCAGCAUGACGCAGCACAGCGGAAUGACAGUGGAACCUCGAGCACGUUCGCGGACCCCGAGCAAGCUGUCUCAGUCCAUUUCUGCUGCUCCCGUGUCUCGCCGAGCACGCUCACAGCCCCAAAUCGGCGUGGCCUCUUUUCUGCCACCUGACUCCAGCGCAGGAAGUUCAUCACCCGACCGACAGAGACUCCCACCCAUCCCUCGACUACCUUCGGAAUAUGACCAGCUUAUCCAACGAGCGGUCGGUGCCCCAAGUGGCAGGUCACGACAAAUUACUCCCGGUCCCGUAGCCAUGUCGUUACCUGCAGCGUCGACCCGUCAAGGAACAUUGGCUCAUCAGCAGUCCAGCGGGACGGAGAGUAGAAGCUUCGAGACAGUGUCACCUAUACCUGCACCUACGUCAAUAUUACGUCCUGCGGGACAAGGACAAUCCAGCUCCCAACCUUCACAUAUCCACGACACCAAGUCCCGAGGUAGACCUCCACAAAGGAGCAUUUACUCUGUCAACUCUUCGACUAUCCAGGUGCACAAGGAAUUCCCUCUUCAACCACCGUCCUAG